CCGCGGCUUGCCGAUUUGCGGCUCACAGCUGAUCGCCGAAAGACCUAGGGCUGGGCCUGCGAGCCUCUCCGCCGGAACGAAGCCAGUUCUUAGGGUUUUAGCAGAGCUAGGGUUCGUAUUCCUUUUCUGAAGUCAGCUCCCUCUACGAAACCUCCCGCGUAAAAUCGCCGUUCGCGGUUCCAAGUUGUACCAUGUUUGAUUGAACAUUUUAUGGCUUGUUUUGGUUCAAAAACCCUUCGACGGAAAGAACUCAGAUCAAAUACUUCAUUGGAUAUGGGCGAAGAGGAGAAAUUAUCCAGGAGAAGAGGAAAGAAGGACAAUAAAAAUAAAAAACCUAGAAAAGGGCCUCUCAACUUGGCUGAGGAUUUCUCAUCAAAGCAAGAGGGAAUAAAAAAGAACAAGAGUAAGAAGCAGAGCAGAGGGCAUUCAAAUGCAGUCAAAGAUGGUCCCCCUGAAAACUCAUCAAAGGUAGCCUGCAAAAGCGUGAAAACUAAGGAGUCCUCGAAGCAUCAUUAUCCGUCAGAACCUAAAGCACCCACACUCAGCUGCCAUGCAGAAAAAAGGUUGAUCCAGAAACUGCAAAGUACUUCUCAGAAAUCACAAAUCUAUUUCAAAACGGUGGCAUUGACUUAGAGGAGCGUUCUGCCAUCUGUGGCAAUGCCUUAGAAGAAACUAGAGGGAAAGAAGUGGAACUUGCAACCGACAUGAUUAUUAGUCACACCUUGCAAAAUCUUCUACAGGGUUGUGAGUUGGACCAGCUAUGUGGGUUUCUACAAAACUGCGCAAAAGAAUUUCCUGCCAUUGCAAUGGAUAAGUUUGGAUCUCAUGUGGCUGAGACAGCUCUCAAGUCUGUAGCUACACAUCUUCAGGAUGAAGGAUCCUAUUCUUAUAUCGAAGAAACAUUGACCAAGUUAUGUCAGGUGGUUGUUCUUGAUGCUGUCAGUGUGAUGUGCAGCCGCUAUGGAUCUCAUGUCCUCCGAAGUCUUCUUUGUCUUUGUAAGGGAGUUCCAUUAGACUCCUUGGAAGAAUUUCAUGUGACUAAGUCAUCUGCUGUUCUGGCUGAGCGGUUGAAUUGUAGGCCAGCACAACCAAGCGGAAAUAAUUCCAAGAAUUUUCAACAUGGAUUUGCGGUUACAUUUAAAUAUCUAAUCAGGGAAAUGCUAAACCAUGCCAAAGACGAGAUUGCAACUCUAAGAGUCAACAAGUAUAGCAGUUUGGUUUUGCAGAGUGCAUUAAAGUUGUUAGUUGGGGAUGAUCAAGAAUUGUUGCAUGCAAUUUUAAUCCUUCUUGGCUGCUAUGAAGAAAACAUUGCUCAGGAAAAUUUCAUUGAUAGUGCAAGAAAACAAGAAAUUAUGGCUUUGCUUGAAGAUACUUCUUGUAGCCAUCUAUUGGAGGUCAUUAUUGAAGUGGCCCCGCAGAUUCUGUACAACGAGUUGCUGACUAAAGUGUUCAAAGGGUCAUUACUUCAAAUUUCAUCUCAUCGUUGUGGCAAUUUUGUUGUGCAAGCAUUAGUGUCUUCAACAAAAACCAGUGAUCAAAUGGACUUGAUCUGGGAGGAGCUUGGUCCAAAGUUUAAGGAACUACUUGAAGUUGGGAAGGCAGGUGUCAUAGCUUCUAUUUUAGCAGCAUGCCAACGGCUUCAAACCCAUGCCCAUGAGUGUUGUCAGGCCCUUGCUUCUGCAGUAAGUUCAGAUUCUGAAUAUCCCAGUUGCAUAAUUCCACACAUGCUAUUUCUGGAGAGCUACUUCAGGGAUAAAUCCUGUUGGAAAUGGCCUCUGGAUGGCAAGAUGCACGUAUUGGGUUGUUUGAUGCUACAGACUAUUUUUAGAUAUCCAAGUCAACUUAUUGGGCCAUACAUCUCCAGUAUUACAUCUAUGGAAGCUGAACAUAUCUUCCAAACUGCCAAAGAUGCUGGAGGAGCCCGUGUUCUUGAAGUUUUCCUUUGUUCUGAUGCUACUGCAAAACAAAAGCUUAAAGUUAUUACCAGACUGCAAGAUCAUUAUGGAGAGCUUGCAAUGAAUCCUUCCAGCUCAUUCACAGUUGAGAAGUGCUUCAAUGCUAGUAGCAUGUCUCUGAAAGAGGCUAUAGCAGGGGAGUUGCAUGUCGUGCAAGCAGAACUUUCCAAGACAAAGCAUGGUCCAUAUCUCUUGAAGAAGCUAGAUAUUGAUGGAUUUGCAAAACGACCUGAGCAAUGGAAAUUGCACCAAGCAUCAAAAGAGAGUGCAUACAAAGAAUUCCAGGCUACAUUUGGAUCCAGCAGUAAAUCGAAUGAACAAAAUGUACCAGUACACCAGUCAUCCCAGGAAUCCUCAAGGAAAAGGCAUAAAGGACAUGGGAAAAUGGAUGAUAACAUCGGUCAUGGUCGCAUUUCUAAUGCUGGUGCAUCUUCCAGUGCAGAAUAUCCUGGCCUUGAGAUCUCGAUGGCGAAGUUGGGUUUCCCCGGGCACAAGCAAGGUUUCAAGAGAAAAGGUUAUUCAGAUGAGAACGAUGCCAAAGAAACUCUUAGCAAGAAAUUUAUCAGAAACAGCAUUGAAACUUCAUUUGUGAGGAAAUCUGGGAAGAGAAAAUCGUCAGCAACUGAGCUAGCUGAUCUUGCUGGGAAGGAAACAUUGAGCGCACGUGAAGUUCAAGAGCUCUUUAAACCAACAACCAAGACUGAAAGGCAGCAGUCUGGAAUGGAAAGAACACCUUUUCUGAAGAAACAGAAGAGGUGAUUUUGCAGGUUUCUGGCCAGUGUAUGUUUUGAUUUAUAUGACACUAAUGACACUAUUCGAAAUUUAUAUAAUUGUUAAAUUAUAGAUGAAGUGGAGAGGAUCGUAGGAUUAGAGCAGAAAUGUCACCAGUGACUGGGCAUCUUAAUUUUAUUGAACAUGUGGUGUGAUGUAGAGGAUUAAAGAAAGAGGUUUUCCUUCUUCCAUA